AUGAGUUCUGCACCGAAUGGGCGCAAGAAGCGCCCCGGCCGGUCCGCCACCCGCUCCUCGAUCUUCCAGAUCAGCAAGCCCCCGCUGCCCGGCGGGGAGUGGGAGCGCAGGGGCAGCGGCUCCGAGAGCGCCAGCAAAACCCACCGAACCCUGGACGACUGCAAGAUGCUUGUCCAAGAGUUCAACACACAAGUGGCCCUGUACCGAGAGCUGGUCAUUUCCAUUGGGGACGUGUCGGUCAGCUGCCCCUCACUCCGGGCGGAAAUGCACAAGACAAGAACCAAAGGCUGUGAAAUGGCCCGACAGGCGCACCAAAAACUUGCUGCCAUCUCAGGCCCGGAAGGUGGUGAGAUCCAUCCAGAAAUCUGUCGGCUUUAUAUCCAGCUGCAGUGCUGCUUAGAAAUGUACACAACAGAGAUGCUAAAAUCCGUAUGUCUGCUGGGGUCUCUUCAGUUUCAUCGAAAAGGAAAGGAGCCUGGCGGGGGAACCAAGAGUUUGGAUUGCAGAAUUGAAGAGAGCACUGAGCCACCUGCUCUAGAGGACUCUGUUUCACCCGCCAUCGAUACACAGCAGCAUUCCUGGCAGGUUUCCACAGACAUUGAGAACACUGAAAGAGACAUGCGAGAAAUGAAAAACCUUUUAAGCAAACUCAGGGAAACUAUGCCUUUACCAUUGAAAAAUCAAGAUGACAGCAGUCUUCUAAAUCUAACUUCCUACCCUCUGGUUAGAAGACGGAAGAGAAGGUUCUUUGGGCUAUGUUGUCUCGUCUCAAGCUAG